CCUCCUUAUCAGUACUAGCAACACCGGCAGCGACGCAGGCGCAUUGUGUCGAACCGCCGCCAUUUUGUGUCCCGUGCAAUUAAACCGUGAGCUGUCCGGCUUGUUUUUGAGCAGGGGUAGUGGUUGGGGUGUGGCGGUCAGAACAGGCUAGGCUGCUGAGGUAACUUGGAAAGCCGAAGGAGCGAUUACCGAAGGAGUUCUGGUGCUGAGUUUUCCAUCGAUCCUACUAUCCGUGAUCCGAAGGAACUUGGUUCUUCCUUAUGUGCAAACCUUCACGUAAAGAUCAUUUCAAACCUGGAACCUCACGACUUUCUUCUCUUAUUACAGCCGCCACUCCCCGCUCUCCCUGUUUUUGAUCAUCAGAUGUCUUCAAGAAAGCCUUCUCUGGAUAAAGCCUAUUCUUCCCAUCAUAUAAGACAGGGGAAAUGGAAGGUGAAACUGUUGAGGCCAUUGUGGAAGACUCUGAAACUGUCAUUAAAGGAAAAGAGAGAAAAACUUACCAAAGACGUCGGGAAGGGGGCCAGGAGGAGGAUGCUUGCCAUUUGCCACAGAACCGACCAGAUGGAAAUGAUGGGGUACAAGAUGUCAAUAGUAGUGUGCAGAUGGUAGUGAUGGAACAGCUGGACCCUACUCUUCUUCAGAUGAAGACCGAAGUGAUGGAGGGAACAGUACCCCCAGAGGCAGAGGCUUCUGUAGAUGACACACAGAUAAUUACACUCCAGGUUGUUAAUAUGGAGGAACAACCUUUAAAUCUUGGGGAGCUUCAGCUUGUCCAGGUACCUGUUCCAGUGACUGUACCUGUUGCUGCCUCAGCAGUAGAAGAACUUCAAAGGACUUAUGAAAACGAGGUGUCAAAAGAAGGUAUUCAGGAAGGAGAGCCUCUGAUAUGUCACACAUUACCUUUGCCUGAAGGGUUCCAGGUGGUGAAAGUAGGUGCUAAUGGUGAGGUGGAGACUCUAGAGCAAGGGGAACUUCAGUCCCAGGAAGAUACCAGUUGGCAGAAAGAUCCAGACUAUCAGCCUCCAACAAAAAAAUCAAAAAAGUCUAAAAAGAGCAAACUUCGUUACACAGAGGAGGGGAAAGAUGUUGAUGUUUCUGUAUAUGACUUUGAAGAAGAGCAGCAAGAGGGUUUACUGUCAGAAGUUAAUGCAGAAAAAGUGGUUGGCAAUAUGAAGCCCCCUAAACCAACAAAAAUUAAAAAGAAAGGGGUGAAGAAGACAUUCCAGUGUGAGCUAUGUAGUUAUACAUGUCCUCGCCGCUCUAAUUUGGAUCGUCAUAUGAAAAGUCACACUGAUGAAAGACCACACAAAUGUCAUCUCUGUGGCAGAGCUUUCCGGACAGUCACUCUACUAAGGAACCACCUUAAUACUCACACAGGUACUCGCCCUCACAAAUGCCCAGAUUGUGACAUGGCUUUUGUUACUAGUGGAGAGUUGGUUCGACAUCGACGUUAUAAACAUACCCAUGAAAAACCAUUCAAGUGCUCUAUGUGUGACUAUGCCAGUGUGGAAGUCAGCAAAUUGAAACGACACAUUCGCUCUCAUACUGGAGAACGUCCAUUCCAGUGCAGCUUGUGCAGUUAUGCCAGCAGAGAUACUUAUAAGCUGAAAAGACACAUGAGAACUCAUUCUGGUGAAAAGCCGUAUGAAUGCUAUAUUUGUCAUGCUCGUUUUACCCAGAGUGGUACCAUGAAGAUGCAUAUUUUACAGAAACAUACGGAGAAUGUGGCUAAAUUUCACUGUCCACACUGUGACACUGUGAUAGCAAGAAAAAGUGAUUUAGGUGUCCAUUUGCGAAAGCAACAUUCUUACAUUGAACAAGGCAAGAAGUGUCGUUACUGUGAUGCCGUAUUCCAUGAGAGAUAUGCCCUCAUCCAGCAUCAGAAGUCCCACAAGAAUGAGAAACGUUUCAAAUGUGACCAGUGCGACUAUGCUUGCAGACAGGAACGGCACAUGAUCAUGCAUAAGCGGACCCAUACUGGAGAGAAGCCAUAUGCUUGUAGUCAUUGUGAUAAAACCUUCCGCCAGAAGCAACUACUUGAUAUGCACUUCAAGCGAUACCAUGAUCCCAACUUUGUCCCUGCUGCUUUUGUCUGUUCUAAGUGUGGUAAAACAUUCACUCGCAGAAACACCAUGGCUAGGCAUGCGGACAAUUGCACUGGUCCAGAUGAUGUAGAAGGAGCAAAUGGAGGAGAAACCAAGAAGAGUAAACGGGGAAGGAAGCGAAAGAUGCGGUCUAAGAAAGAGGAUUCGUCCGACAGUGAAGAAAAUGCUGAACCAGAGCUGGAUGAUAAUGAAGAAGAGGAGGAGCCUACUGUAGAACCUGAAGUUGAAUCACAAGUGGAACCAGUGACUCCUACAGUCCCUCCUCCAAAGAAGCGGAGAGGAAGACCACCUGGAAAGACCAACCAACCCAAACAGCCUCAGCCCACAGCAAUCAUUCAAGUUGAAGACCAGAGCACUGGUGCAAUUGAAAGCAUUAUAGUUGAAGUGAAGAAAGAACCUGAUGUCGAAACUGUAGAAGUAGAAGAGGAACCUCAGUCAACUGAUGUAGGAACUCCAAAUGGAGAUCUUACACCUGAGAUGAUUCUCAGUAUGAUGGACCGGUGAUGGAGGAACGGCUCUGCUAACUAAGUAGAUUAGUAUUGGCAGUGUUUCCACAGUUCAGUUAUUCCUUUAUUUUUUAAUUGCUCUUGGCUUUGAGAUAUGCAUCAUUUUAAAUCACUUUAACCAAGUAUACUGGGAAAUAAAACUUCAAAGAUAAUGUCAGAAAGUAUGUUUUAAUCAAAUUUUGCUGUUUUAUGUUAAAACAUUACAAACCAUAUGAUCAUGUGUCUUUUUCAGAGAGGGAUUAGAAAGAUAGUCAAUGGAAAAAAUUUUACAUGAACAUUAUUGUGAAGUAGAGAAAUAAAAACUUUGACUCACUUCAUUUGGAAAAAUCAGUCACUCUCCGUUUCCCAAAGUUCUAAAUUUUAUUUUAAUUAUAAUAUUCAGGUGUAAAUGCAGGCUUUAUAAUUUCUUAUUUUUGUUUUACUUUGACUCUAUCUGCUUGAGGAUGGGCCAAUUGCCAUUAGUUUAUAAUUUGAUUCCUGUCCUGAAUGCUUAUGCUUCAUGACAAGGCAUCUCUAUUGAUCAAACUUGUAAAUAACUUGUUUUUAUUUAGGGGGUUUUUUUGUUGGUUUUUUUUUUCACAUUUUAAUUUUAUCCACUGAGAGGUUGGGGACAAUACAAUUUAAAAAUCUCUGCAUUUUAAUAAAUCAGUAAUAGUAAUACAGAUGAGUAAGAGUGCCCAGGUUCACACUUGCUGAAUAGCAGUAGCCUUGUGGGAAAUCUUCAAUCCAUAUGCACAUGAAACUGCAUUUUUAACUUCCCUGAUUUACUUUUCAGCUAUGAUUUCAUAUCUAUAUCCUUUGCUCUAGUUUAUAACUGUAUUUUAAGUUUGAUGAAUCCUCUGUUAAAACAGAAAAAGUGGUUUGAUCAUUACUGAUACCAAUCAUUGCAGACCUGACUCUAGGUCAUGAAAUUUUUCUAACCAGUAAUUUUGAUUUAGAUUUUAAAAAGGGUAUCAAUGUAAAAUAAAAGAAAACAAAUGAUGCUUUUGAAUGAACCUACUUUCACAUGUUAAAUAUACGUAGGCUUUCUAACAGAAAUUCAUUAAUACUGUUUUCAAACCAGUUUUUCAUUUUUGCACAUCAUGCCUAAGAGAAUUAUUAGUUUAGCUCUGGAAUCUCAAUUAGUAGUACUAUGUGAUAUUUUACUUUGUUUUAGGAAACCAAUAUAAAAAGUAGAAAUAAAAUAAGAAUUUAAAUAUUACAAAGGUAAAUAUAGUUCUGUACAGCUAAUAAAUAUUGGAUUUACAUGUCUA